AUUUUUAACUCUUUGUACAGAUCCAUACAGUAGUAUUAUUCUUGUUGUGUCUGAGAACAUGCCAGGGCCCGGCCCUCAUAUGUUGUAUACCCUUGGGAUUGGCACAGCAAUUGGGUCUCUCUCUAAGGGCAGAUUCACCCCUCAUCACUGUCUUGUAUAUGCAGUAAAUGCUUUCUUGGGACCUGAUAUCGGUUCAUUCUCUGAAUGGCUGACCUCCACACUGGGUAUUGCAGAAGGCUUGGGAUCACAAAUCAUGGAUAUCAUUCAUCACCCUUUUUACUAUAUUCUUAUCCUUGGCAUUCCCCUUUCAAUAUUUUAUAGUUGGGUUUCCAAAGUUGCUCUGCAAAAAGGCCUCCUGAGUGCUUCAUCUGGGGUAUCUUUAAGUAGGAAGCAAUGCGCAUUGUUGAUUUCUGCAGGCUCAUUGUCCCACUUUUUCCUAGAUCACCUGUUUGAGGAAAAUGGGCACUCUAGAACGUUCACCUGGAUAAUAAGUACAGGAUGGUGGGAGGGCCGAGCUCCAGUCAAUAAUGAAGCUGUUAUAGUUGUUGGCUUUCUGUGCAUCUGCCUACUGUUGGGAUUUACUUACAUAAACAGGGUAAAGCCCGGCAAAGUCAUGACUCAAUCAAACCAAUCCUCAAAGCUUAUUGGAAUAAUUGCAAUCCUUUAUUGUUUAUGGUGUGCAAGCCAAAUAUACUGGAGAAAUCCACGCCAACCAGCUGUUGGUGAAGAAGCAGACUUGGGAGUAAUUAUAUUUAUGACCAUUUAUUUCUUUCUGCCACAUGGUUUGUGCAUUGCUGCUAUGGACUCCACAACCAGUAGCGAGUUGCCACUAUGAUGGUCAUUGAAUGCAGACAAAGGAAUCAUCAUGGUAGAUUUGCCGCUGCCAUGCUAUCAUAGAACAAGAGCACCUUAUAAUCGUGACAUGAUCUUUGAAGCUGAAAAUCUCAAUUUUCCAGAAAGAUCUGAAUUACAAUGAAGGUUUUUGAAGUUAUUGUCAGGAUUGAAGAUCUUUUAUUUAUUGUAAUAUUUCAAACUUUUCAGGUUAUCCAUGCAUCUUGGAUUUUCAAAGCACAA